AUGUCGGAGACACUAGUACCGCACCUCUUGUUCGUCAUUGGGAGUGAAAUCUUUAACGCAGAAGCUUACGGUUGCGUCCAGCUCAUCGGUACCAUCAUCACUUGGUUUUUGUCGGGGUCAUUAUUGGUGCAAUGCUACGAUUUCUUCUACACCGAUAAUUUGGAUGGGGACCCGAUAUUCAUCAAAAUAGCGGUGUGGGUAUGCCUCGCCGUUGAUCAGGUGCGGUCGAUGGCGGUGACGUCAGGUGCUUGGCAGAGCUUGAUAGUUGCAUGGGGAAACCCAACUAUUUUCAUUGGCACUUCCGUAUUUCCUUUCAUUACCGUGCCACUCACUGGGAUAGAAUCCUGCAUUGUUCAGAUUUUUUUUGCGUGGCGAAUAUGGACCCUGAAAAGAGAGUUCAAAAUCUAUCGAAUUAUUUCGGGCAUAAUCUGUUUGGUGGCAUUUAUGCAAUUAGCGGCUGCGAUUGCCCGUGGAGUAGCUUGCGCUCAAUCUGGAAGGUUAACCAGCAAACAGCAUUUUUUAGACCUUUCAGCCGAGCUUUGGUUAUGGGGGACUUUGAUCUGUGACUCCAUCAUCGUUGCAACCAUGAUAUUUCUGCUCGUAAAGGCAAAACUCGAAUCCUCAUUCAAGUCAACGAAGCGUCUUAUGGAUCGUCUCAUUAUCGUAACUUUGGAGACCGGCGCCGUCACCCUGAUUACGACUCUUGUUCAACUAAUCUUUUAUUUAAGAUCUCCGCCAAGUUCACUCCAGCAACUUGGCAUAAUGUACAUAUUGGGGGGCUUGUAUUCCAACGUGCUCCUUAGCGUUCUGAAUGGCCGGAAACGUGCUCGGCGUCGGCUAGCUGAACCAAGUCAAACGUUCAGCAUUAAUUUCGCUCAGCAAAGUACUACGGCGCCUCUGUCAUCCAUAUCCGAGGAAGCCCCAAGCAGCGAAGUAGCUAGUAAAAUACAAAAAGACGAGGAAAGCCAUAUCAAAUCCGAAAGCUCAACUUGA